CAGUAAUGAAGUCGUUUGCAGCGACAUCUCGAACGCCCGGCAUCUUGUCAACGUUGGCUAUGGGCGUGGCUCAGCAGAUGCGACUCGUAAUCUCUCACGCUCGCCUGCGUUCCAAAAAAAAAGAAGGAUAUCAGAUCGAAGGCAUGUCACGUGCUUUCCAAACGCGGCAAGAAGCCAAAAAGAACAAGUGAGCGUGUUAAGCACCUCUCGGCCGGAUCGGUCGUCGCCGCCAAGGCAACGCUUGCUUGCCGUCACCUUCAUUUAACAUACGGAUAUCUGGGCUGGUCCCGACGAGAACCUAACCACCUAUAUCUCCAGGCUCGACGCCAACACUGCCAACUCGACUUCUUCACCAUAACAUAAUCAGCAUGCGGGUGACAUCGAUACUGUUCUUGCUAACGACUGCCGUCGUCGUUCAUUCUAUAGCUGUACCACAGGACACUCUCGAGCUAGCGAAGCGCUCGGCCGAAUGCUCCGAUGGACCUCGAUUCGAUGCAAAAUCACGCAGACGUCAAAAGGUCAAAGCUGCGAAGAAGACGACGAAGAAAUCGACCAAGAAGCCCAAGAAGCGGGCCAAGCCAGCAAAAAAGACGACCUCAAGUAAGAAAACCACUGCUAAGCCGACAACGACAGCAAAGUCAUCGAGCGUCACAAAGCCAGUUACUACCACCAGCAAGCCAGCGAGCACGACGACGUCUACGCCGCCUACAAGCACCUCCAAGCCAUUGACGAGCACGACAAAGUCGAGUAGCCCAGCUUCGGCAGUCUCUAGCACUAGCACAACGAAGCCGAGCUCAAGCACAAGCUCCACACAGUCAAGCUCAAGCACAAGCACCACAAAGACGAGCCCAAGCACCACAAAGACAAGCAGCACGACCUCUGCUUCGAGCACUGCCAUCCCCCUGGAUAGCUAUGGCAAUCCCGACUAUACUCGUGCUCCUGCACAGAUGCAAGCCGAAUUCCUCAAGACGACCAAUGCAUUCAGGGCCAAGUUCCAGGCAGCGCCACUGACCUGGAAUGCCGAUGCUGCGGCUUUCGCGCAGAGCUGGACCAAGCGAUGCGUCUUCCAGCACAGUGGUACCGACCUCUAUGGCGAGAACAUCGCCAGCGGGUACAUCAAUCCGACCGAAGUUGACACAGCGUGGGGUCAAGAUGAAGUCAAGUACUAUGACUAUUCGAAUCCAGGCUUCUCCGAUGCUGCUGGCCAUUUCACCCAGAUGGUCUGGCAAUCCACUACAUCAAUGGGCUGCGCUGUCACCUUCUGCAGCAACAUGGGCUACUUCUGGUCCUGCAAUUAUAGUCCGCCCGGAAAUUACGAUGGUGAAUUUGCAGAAAAUGUCCUUCCGCCCAAGUAAAUUACGCGUCGUUGCGUCAUGGCUGUACGAUCUGUCGUGCACUUCU